CAUUCUCGCUCCAAUCACCGCAAGUCGAAUGUCACUCCGGCGACAUCGGCGACCAGAAUAGCCCUUUCAGAGUUUUUGGUACUCCUCUUCGUAGGGGCUGAGCUGCCUUCAUCGCACAAUUCGGCAAAUGUACUGACGCCUUCUCAGAGCAUCGGAUCUAAAAAGGACCACCAGUCGAUCUAUGAACCACUUCCCGGCUCCGUUUACUCCGAUUCAUUUGAGGCAGUCAAAGGUUUGAGCUGCACCAAAGCGAAUGAUCAGCUUCAGACGCACUUCUUGGUGGCCAAUCUUGACUCAAUUCACGCAAUGUUGUCCACAGAAAAAAGCUCUUCGGUGACUGGUCGUCUUCCCUUGUUCAUAAGUCGAGAAGAGGGUUUCGGAUAUUUGAAGGUCAGCGUGACCAUCAUCCCCAGUUUGCCAAAUAGCACAGUUAUGUUUGGAGACGCCUAUGCUGCAACGGGUAUGUCAGCACAAUCUGGCUGCAGAAAUACUUUCUAUGCGAAAAUGAAUGAUGAUUAA